GUUGCGCCCCUUGUUUGUGAGUACGACAAUUAUUUUAUUUGACAUAGCUUGACAAAACACACAUAGUUCGGUACCAGGUUUGAGCAAAGCAUGACAGAUUCAGGAAGUACGGAGGAAGGGACAGUAAGCUCGCCGGGGAUAGGCAUGAGACUGUGCAUAGCUGGAAUUUCAGCCAAAUUCCCGUCAGUGCCAAAUAUUUCAACUGCAGAUCUUGCACAGCUUAUGAAAAACUCAUCAGGACAGUCAGCAGAUUCAGGAAAGCUUGUCAUUCUGGACACAAGACCAGAAGAAGAAUACAGCAUAAGUCGUAUUCCUGGUGCAACGCGUGUGGAUUACACUGAUGAGGUGAACAAUAUACUAGAAGCUGUACCUCAACUCGCCUCCAUAGAUAGCGAGACCAAAGUUGUGUGUUAUUGUUCUGUGGGCUAUCGGUCUUCACUUGUUGCUGAUAAGCUGAACAAGUUCUUUGAGAAUUCAGGGGCUGCACCUACUCAACCAAAAGUGACCAACCUUGAAGGCAGUUUAUUCAAAUGGGCCAAUGAAAAUAGACCUCUAGUGGAUGAAAAAGGGGAGAGAACUGUAUAUGCUCAUCCAUACAAUGCUGUGUAUGGUAAACUGUUGAACAGCGAGCUCAGAAAAAGUUUCCAUGACAAUAAGGACGCAAAAAUGUAGAAAUGCUGUGGGAUUAUGUAUUCUAAGGUGUCACAUCUGCCGACUAGAAGAUUUAUCUUUAAGUAAAAGAUGUUUUGUCCAAAUCACCGAUAAAAAAAAUCACCUAAAAAUUUCACCUCAUCGAUGAAAGUGCAGCAACUUUUGUAUUGCGAACUAAAUUUGUGUGCUAUAUAUCGUGUUUAAUCAUUGAGUUUAUAUCAGAAAUACCUGAAUUGGAUGAAACUAUGUUUAUUAGAAAAUGUGUGGUGGUAGCGCGAUUGAUUGAAAAUAAUGUUAAGAUUUUCUGUUGUAAUUGUACCUAUUUAUAACUGAUUGUUUGUUAUGUGUGUAAUUUUGAUAAUUGAUCAAACAUAAUGUUAAUUGAAGAUUUUCUGUUAUUAUUGUACCUAUUUAUAACCGAUUGUUUGUUAUUUGUGUAAAUUGUCAAGACUACAUGUAUAUCAGAACAAUACCAACAUACAUGUAUAAGACAAAGACAUAUUUGAUGAUUAUGAAAUCUACCCAAUUCUUUCCGAUUUUAGAAAAUAUAUUUUUUUAUCAUAUAAGUAAGUAGAAAUGUUAUUUUGCUUGCUUAUUGUAUUUAUUUGUACAUGUAUUGUUUGAA